GCUUAAUUUUACUUUUACUGCCCGGUCACGUACUCGCAGACUGUUUUUGUUUUGGUUAUUUGGAGAUUGUCAAACUCACCUGACUCUUGGACGAAAUGAUUUUGAGGCUUUUUCGCGGUGCAUUUGCCCAGUUUUGUCAGCAGUACCGCAGCCAUGUGAAUUCGGCGAAAAGGAUUCCUGCGUUUUUGUCCAUUCUGCUGGGCAAUGCUCAUCGAGGCAAAAACACGCUCGUCUGGAUCCCGAUUGUGACCACCGUGCACACCUUCAGUUGGUCCAGGAGCCAAUCUAAUGAGCCAAAUGUCAAGACGCUCGACGAACUCUUCGACCAAAAUAAAUUUGAAGAGAUUUGCCAGAAACUUGCCCCAUUCAAGGAUGGAAACAACGUUGACUACCUUUGGAGAUACGCUCGAGCUCUAUACAAACGCUCAAAAGUGGCAGCCAACGAAACCGAAAGAAAGAACUUGGUGAUGGAGGGCUUUGAGGUGGCCGAAAGGGCACUUCAGUUCGGCCCAAAAGUUGCUCCGGUUCACAAAUGGUUCAGUAUUCUUUUGGACGCCAAGAGCCACUUCGAAGGCAUGAAGGAGAGAAUCACGGUCACUGAAAAAGUCAAACAACACAUGCUUAAAGCCGUUGAGCUCGACCCGAAAGACUCGACCACCUUUUACAUGUUGGGCGUUUGGUGUUACGAAGUGACAAUCCUGCCCUGGUACCAGCGAAAAAUUGCCAGCACAAUUUUUGCCAAACCCCCCGACUCGACUUACGAAGAAGCCCUGUCUUUUUGUGAGAGGGCUGAGAAAAUUUCACCCAACUUUUAUAGUUUGAAUUUGCUGCUGAUGGGCAAAAUCUACGACAAGCUGGGUCAAAAGGAUAAAGCCGUUGAAUUUCUGAAAAGAGCAAGAGACUACAAAGCAACAACUGAUGAUGACAAAAAUGCCAACAAGGAGGCUAAAGAAAUUCUUGCCAGCUUGGGUGUAAAGAAUUAGGUUCUUCCCUGGAUGGUAUAAUUAUUGUAUGUUGUAAAACGCAUGUGAUGUCUAUGUAGGUACCGGAAAUCAAUCAUAUUUAUUAAUAUUAGGCAGUGGACCAAGUUCGUACUAUGCAAAUUUUUAGCUUUGGAUAAAUUAAGUUUUGGCUGUUGAAUCAUGUGUAUAUUAAAUGUACAGAAAUAAUUCAUGAACAAAUUUUGAUCAACUUCUAGAUCAUUUAUGGGUGAAUUAUGGUCGAUUGAAAGCAUCUUAAAUAUUUGAUGGCUAUUUUUUUUAAAGUUUGUUUCAAUUAUAUAUUAUGCCUAUUUCAGGACACUUUUUAUAGACUCCUUAAUUUUAACCUAUCAAUUCGCGCUCACCAGGUCAACAUAAGACUUUUAUUAUAUUAUUACUGAAUGUUUUCUGUGAGAAGUUAGUGAUAUUAAUUUGACUGCGUCUUGUUAAGUUCAUUGCUUCUUUUAAGAGAGUUUUUGAGUUUACAUUUUUACUUUUUUCAUGUUUACAAUCAUCAUAUUGUAUUUUAUUCCAAUUAAAUCAGAUGAAAAUAA